AUGAAGUACGUUUCUAUCCUAGUAGCCUCGCUUAUCUCUGUAUCUGCUCUAGCCAUCGAUCAAGAUAACAACCCAAACUUCCACAUCGCUCCUGAAUUACGUGGUUUCUUUGACGACGAAAAAACUGUUACAGUCACUGUCGGAUCAGGUACACGGUGUCCCACUGCAUCAUCGUCAUCAGCAGCAGGAGGAGGUGGUGGCUUUGGAGACUUUUUUGGCAACGGUGGCAAUCAAAAAGUGACUACGACUGUAACAUUCACUCCCUCGCCCAUCACUGUCACUAAAAAUGCCGGUGGUGAUUCAAAACCAUCCACUGUGACUGUGCAUGCCUCCACGUGUCCUAACAAGACGGAAUCCCCUUCUACUAAAACGAUCACAAAAGAAUGUAGUGCAGCUCCCAUGUUUGACGGAGGUGGGCUCUUUGGCGGGAAAACCGUGACAGUAACAGUAUCUGCAGGAGCAGCAACAGUAGCACCAACAACAACAACGGAUGAUGCCAUAUUUGAUGGAGGUAUUUUUGGCGGGAAAAAAACCGUGACCGUAUCUCAAACAUGUGCUUCUCCCUCAACAGUGAUAGAGACAUCUACCAUGACAAGCUAUCUUCCUGCUUCCACAUCUGUAAGUACGGUUGUGAGUACUGAACUCAGUACGGUUGUGAGCACUAAAUUAAGCACGGUUAUAAAUACUGAAGUGAGUACGGUCGUAAGUACCAAGGUGAGCACUGAGGUCAGUGCUGUAACCACCACAGUGACAAGUACAGUCGCAGCAUCUGGUGAUACACUGGCCGCACCUACUGUGACCCAUGAUGUGACAGUAACUAAAACUAUUACCACUUUUGUUACGGAUGCCGCUGCUGUUGCUACUGCUGCCGCUUCCAAUGAUGCUCCUACUGCGGCAGAGUUACUAUGUGAUAUUGGAAAGAUGAGAAAAGCCCUUGAAGAAAAGCAGAAUGAAGAAAGAAAUAAACAAAAAGAGUGA